GGACCCCAUCCCUGGCUCCCAUGGGAGCAGCGGGGCUCGGGGACGGCACCCGUGUUCUGCUAGCCCAGCCCGUGGCUCUGCCCACGCUGCUCUCCCUCCGCCCCACGUCCCUUGAGCCCCGGGAGGCUGUGCCAUGUGCCCACGGUGCUGGAGGGGAGCAGGACACCGACGGGGACACAGCCACCGGUGAGGACACAGACACCAGCGGGGACACCGGCAGGACGGGGACACCGGUGCCUCCCCGGGCCCAGGGAAGGUGGCAUCGCACACCGGGACGGUGCCACAGGGGCCACCAAGCCGGUCCAUGGUGGAAGGCGAUGUUCUCAGUGCCCAACAGCACAGCGGAGGUGUGGACCAGUGAGGCAGCAUGGCUGGAGCUGGAGCGGUCACCCUGCAUGGUCGGCAUCAUCCCCAUCGUGUAUUACAGUGUCCUGCUGGGGCUGGGGCUGCCAGUGAACCUCCUGACUGCCGUGGCCAUGUUCCGCCUGGCCACAAGGACCAAGAAGUCAUCGUACUGGUACCUGCUGGCCCUGACCACCUCCGACAUCCUCACCCAGGUCUUCAUUAUCUUUAUGGGCUUCAUCCUGCAGACAGCCAUCCUGGCGCGGGCUGUGCCCAGCGCCUUCAUCCACACCAUCAAUGUCCUGGAGUUCACGGCCAACCACGCUUCCACGUGGAUCACAGUCCUGCUCUCCGUGGACCGCUACGUGGCCCUCUGCCACCCGCUGCGGUACCGCACCCUCUCCUACCCACAGCGCACCCGCAAGAUCAUCGCAGCCGUGUUCGCCGUGGCCCUGGCCACGGGCAUCCCCUUCUACUGGUGGUUGGACAUGUGGCGCGACGCCGACCCCCCCACCGCCCUGGAUAUGGUGCUCAAGUGGGUGCACUGCAUCACCGUCUACUUCUUGCCCUCUAGCAUCUUCCUGGCCACCAACCCCAUCAUCAUCUGCAAGCUGAAGCAGCGGAGGCGCUCGGGGGGCGGCCGGCCCUACGUGAGUAAGACCACAGCCCUCCUCCUGGCUGAAACCACCGUGUUCACCGUGCUCUGGGCUCCCCGCACCAUCGUCAUGAUCUGCCACCUCUACGUGGCCUCGGUCAAGCGGGACUGGCGCGUGCACUUGGCCUUGGACAUCGCCAACAUGGUGGCCAUGCUCAACACCACCCUCAACUUCUUCCUCUACUCCUUGGUGAGCCAGACCUUCCGCCGCACGGUGGCCGAGGUGCUCCGGGCCCACGUCCGCCACGGCCCCCGGCACGCCAGCACCCGCUUCCCACAUCCAGCCCUGAAAGUGCUGCAGCCGGGCGCUGGCACUGCCCUCUGAGCCGUGCAUCACUCCAGGACCUGGUGAGACCCUGCCCCAGGGACGCUGCCCCUUGUCCCCCAUCCCAGGGAACCCAGCGGGCACGGCUGCCCCAUGGCAAGGGGUGAUGGGUGCAGAUGAGCUGCUUCAGCCCUGGUGAGGAUGCGGUGCCGGUGGCAUGGUCCUUCCUCCAUAAACUGCUGUGCUGAGACCAAAGCUCUGCCUAUGUCUGGCUCCCUGUGAGCAGCCCGAUGGGGUCCCUCUGCAUCAGCACCCCCAGGCACAGGGUCCCAGCCCACCCCAUUGCUCCGGAGCAUCCAUAGGGUGUUGACCGCACCAUUCCCAACUGCAGGACCUGGCACACAGUAAGACCCCAGCUCCAGGGGCUGCAAGGCUGAAGCCCCCGGGUGCACCCAGCACAGGGGUGCAGCAUCUCCCACCGAGGUGGCUCAGGGUGCUGCCCUGCACCGAGCGCACCCAGCACCAGUGCUGCCCUCCCAUUUACACCAGUGCCAAGCUGGCUGCGGUGCUGUGCGAGCGGCUGUGCCAGCCCGUCCCCAGCUGCCACCAGAGGGCAGGGAUGGGUCGCCCUGCGGAGCUGGCACCCCGCAGACCCCAGCCCUCAUCAUAAUCCCCCCCCUUUCGAGCCCCAUUCGAGCCUUUCCGGUGGAAUUCCCAAGAGACCGGGCAGGACAGCAUCCGGGGGGGCUGCUCCGGAGGACUGGGGCCCAAGCAGGGCAUGAAGACCCCGCUGCUCUCCCCACUGAGCCCUGGCUGUGCCUGGCAUUGGGGUGGGAUGGGGUGCAGCAUUUGCCCCCAGUGUGAAUGUGGGAUGAGCCACAGCUUAACUAUGGGGCUGACCCACAGCAGCACCCAGCACCCGCCAUGCACCCAGAUCCCCGCAGCCGGAUGGUUGCCUUGCAGGGGCAGACCCCACCGGUGAUGCUGCUUUGUACCAGUCAGGAUGCGUGCUCCCGGUGACAGGGUUAAAGCCAGACCUGGCGGCGCGGGUGGUACCUGGGAGGUGCUCGCUCCAUUAGUUCUGGCACUUGAGGAGAGCAGGCUCGAGAAGGGAUUAGUUAUUAACCCGGGCAGCGCCUCCCACCCGCCGGACUCCCCUCGCGGGGGCUUCCAGGGCUGGAUCCCCCCCCGGAGCCCUUCCCCGGGGCUGGAGGGGCCACCUCGGCCGGCAAAGGCAGCGCUUGGCAGGAGCCCCAGCCCCGCUCGCGGCCGCCACCGGCCCCCCCUCGCCAACCGGUGCUUAUUUACUUGGAGAGGGAGGUGGAAAUGUGCUGACCGCGUCCGCCGAGGGGCUCCGGGCUGGACGCAACCGGCUCGGCUGGAAACCAGCUCCUCAGCCUUGCUGUGAGGGGCACAGAGGCGAUCAGAGCCCCAGCGGAC